AUGAUAGUCCCACAGCUCACAUAUUACCUGUACAAGAAGGUUCAUGUAGAAGAGAAACUAGCUGUCAUGCUACUGUUAGCUAUUAGCUGUCGUGAAAGCAGCGAAACAAUACUUAAGAUAAUGAGUUAUGCGGAUAAACCAGAGGACGUAACAAGGGAGGAAUGGAUGGAUAAGAUCAACAAUGUCCACAUCCAGAGAGCGGACAUGAACAGACUGAUUAUGAAUUACUUAGUGACUGAGGGCUUUAAGGAGGCUGCAGAGAAGUUUCGAAUGGAGUCUGGGAUUGAGCCUUGUGUAGAUUUAGACUCUCUUAACGAACGGAUUAAGAUCAGGGAGAUGAUCCUGAAAGGGCAAAUCCAGGAUGCUAUUGCACUUCUCAACAGCUUGCAUCCAGAACUGCUUGACACCAAUCGUUAUCUCUACUUUCAUAUGCAGCAACAACACCUCAUAGAGCUCAUUCGGUUACGGGAGACUGAAGCGGCCCUCGAGUUUGCCCAGGCACAGUUAGCGGAGCAAGGCGAGGAAAGCAGAGAAUGUCUGACUGAAAUGGAAAGGACACUUGCUCUAUUGGCAUUUGACAACCCUGAGGAAUCCCCUUUUGGAGAUUUGCUCAAUAUGAUUCAAAGACAAAAGGUAUGGAGUGAAGUAAAUCAGUCUGUACUAGACUAUGAAAACAGAGAAUCUACUCCUAAGCUCGCCAAGCUCCUUAAGCUCCUACUGUGGGCUCAAAAUGAGCUGGACCAAAAGAAAGUCAAGUACCCCAAAAUGACAGAUCUCAGCAAAGGCACCAUUGAAGACCUGAAAUGA